AUGGACGUAUCUAUUAAGGGCUCUUCUCAGGGCUGUACCGAGGCGAAGAAGCGAUCGUCCUCCUCCGUUUUCUUCGUGGGUUCGGACACGGAGACGGAGGAGACGGAAGUCUCGAAAACUAUCACUGCCAGGCGUGGGAGGCCGUUGGGCUCGAAAGCAGGCUCGAGUUCAAGGGCAAAAUUUUUAAAAUCUGCUCCGGCGACUGUUUUCGAUGAUCUGGAGGCUGUACUGCGUGGCAGGCAGUACAGGCCAGGUAGCGCUACGGAAGGGACGACUCCGAUUUCCUCUGGAAACGAGUCCGAUUACCUAGCGGCGUUGGAUACCAGCGCAUUAAAUGCGCAGGAGCUGCGUGCGCGCGCAGGUGAGGGCCUUGCCUGCAUUAUAGAGGUUGCCAAAAAGUCCGGCAACCUCAAGGGGGAGUUUGUGGCCCGACUGAAGAGGUCCGCCAAGACCCUUACCGAGGUGGUUGACGCGCUCUCGAGCCGAAGCGAAGCCGAGGAGUCGAGGCGGUUGAGAACCGAAAAUCGCCGCCUCAAACUGGAAGUGGAGGCCUUGAAGGUAGAGGUCAAAGCGUGGCGGCGCGGCGUCACCGAGGCCAGGACUGAUGCGGUUGCGGCUACUACCGCCGCUGCCACCGCUACUGAUGCCGGAGCGCGAACGCCGUCUACGCCCUUGCUGGGUUUAGAGCUGGUCGAGGAAAUAAGAUCCUUGACCUGCUCACUCGGUGACAGGCUUAAUACUCGGCUAGCGGGGAUCGAGGCCCGUCUGCUGCCGGCCCAGACCUCGUGUCCUACACCAAGGGCAAAGGUAGUGGCAUCCACACCACCUAAGACGUCACCUGCACCUCGUGGUCCCGAGACGACAGCCACUCCCUCGGUGGCCCCGUCCACUGCCGCCCAGGAGGAAACCUGGGCAACAGUAGUUAGGAAAGGAAAGGGCAAGGGGAAGGGAAAGUCCUCCACCCCUGCCCCUGCACCUGCGACGAAGUCAGCCGCCAAGCCGACCACUGCAUCGUCUGCAAAGCAGGCCGCCAAGUCGACCGCGAAGACGUCCGCGAAGUCAACCGCCAUGCCGUCCGGAAAGCCGGCUGCGAAAGCGACUGCCAAGCCGAAGUUAAAGACGCCGAAGACCGCGGCAGUCGUUCUUUAG